GGCAGCUCGGCGCCGCGAGCGCUUCCGGGAGGUUAGCGCGUCGGGGCGGCUUUUCCCUGUCUUGCGGCAGCGCGGGCUCGGGCGCUGGACCCCGGCGGGCUCGCCAUGGACCGCGACUUGCUGCGGCAGUCGCUGGGCUGUCACGGCCCGGCGCUGCUGUCGCUGCUGCGCAACGAGCAGCAAGACAACCCGCACUUCCGGAGCCUGCUGGGCACGGCGGCCGAGCCAGCCCGCGGCGCGGCGCCGCCUCCGGGAGCCGGCAGGAAAGAGAAGAGAGUUGACAACAUUGAAAUACAAAAAUUCAUCUCUAAAAAAGCGGAUCUGCUCUUUGCCGUGUCUUGGAAAUCAGAUGCUUCUCCACCCUCUGAAGUUCAUGAUGACAAUGACAAUCUUUAUGCCGUCAUGCCACCUUUAGAGCAGUUCAUGGAGAUCCCGAGCAUGGACCGGAGAGAGCUGUUCUUCCGAGAUAUUGAACGUGGUGAUAUAGUGAUUGGAAGAAUUAGCUCUAUUCGAGAAUUUGGUUUUUUCAUGGUGUUGAUCUGUUUAGGAAGUGGCAUCAUGAGAGAUAUAUCUCACUUAGAAAUCACAGCUCUUUGUCCAUUAAGAGAUGUGCCUUCUCACAGUAACCAUGGAGAUCCUUUAUCAUAUUACCAAACUGGUGACAUAAUUCGAGCUGGAAUCAAGGAUAUUGACCGAUACCAUGAAAAACUUGCAGUUUCUCUGUAUAGCUCAUCUCUUCCUCCACACAUGUCUGGCAUUAAACUAGGUGUGAUUACUUCUGAAGAGCUUCCUUUGUACUACAGGAGGAGUGUUGAACUAAAUAGUAAUUCUUUGGAGUCCUAUGAAAAUAUCAUGCAGAGUUCUCUGGGAUUUGUUAAUCCAGGAGUAGUUGAAUUCCUUCUAGAGAAACUAGGAAUACAUGAAUCUCAUCCACCAUCCUUAAUGAGAGGCCUACAAAGCAAAAAUUUCUCUGAAGAUGAUUUUGCUUCAGCAUUAAGAAAGAAACAGUCGGCAUCUUGGGCUUUAAAAUGUGUGAAGAUUGGAGUCGAUUAUUUUAAGGUGGGGCGACACGUGGAUGCUAUGAACGAAUACAAUAAAGCUCUGGAAAUAGACAAACAAAAUGUGGAAGCUCUGGUAGCUCGUGGAGCAUUAUAUGCAACAAAAGGAAGUCUAAACAAAGCAAUAGAAGAUUUUGAGCUCGCAUUAGAAAACUGCCCAACUCACAGGAAUGCAAGGAAAUAUCUCUGCCAGACACUUGUAGAAAGGGGAGGGCAGUUAGAAGAAGAAGAAAAGUUUUUAAAUGCUGAAAGUUACUAUAAGAAAGCGCUGUCUUUGGAUGAGACUUUUAAGGAUGCAGAGGAUGCUUUGCAGAAGCUUCAUAAAUAUAUGCAGAAAUCUUUGGAAUUAAGAGAAAAACAAGCUGAAAAGGAAGAAAAGCAGAAAACAAAGAAAAUAGAAACAAGUGCAGAAAAGUUGCGUAAGCUCUUAAAAGAGGAGAAAAGGCUAAAGAAGAAAAGAAGAAAAUCAUCAUCUUCCUCUUCAAGUGUUUCUUCUGCUGAUGAAUCCGUUUCUUCUUCCACAUCUUCUUCCUCUUCUAGCCAUAAACGGCAUAAGAAAAAUAAGAGGAAUCGUUCAGAGUCUUCUCGCAGUUCAAAGAGGCACUGGUCUAGGACAUCUUCAGGCCACACGGAUCAAAGUAGGAAAGAUGAUUGCUACCCAGUUCCAACUAACACUUCAGCAUCUUUCCUUAAUCAGAAGCAAGAAGUGGAGAAACUGCUGGAAAAGCAGGAUAGGUUACAGUGUCCAAAUGCACAGGUAAAAGAGAAAGAGAGAGGUCUUCUCACAUCUUCAGUUGAAGUACAAGAUGAUUUGGGAGGUAGGUCAGAUUUUUGCAAUAGCUAUAAAACCCAGGCAGGUAGUAGCAAAACCGAAAAGCCAUAUAAAUCAGAAAGACAUUUCUCCAGUAGGAGAAAUUCCUCAGAUUCCUUCUCUAGAAAUUCAGAGGACAAGAUGAAAGCAUCUAGUUACCGAAGAUUUGAAAAGGACACAGAGGGAAGAAAAGAUCACUCUAGGAGGUGGGAGCCAAGUUCUGUGAAGUGCUCUACCUCACCAGCAAGUUCAGACUACUCUUGGAAGUCACUGGAAAAACAAAAAAAAUAUAUGUACUCUGGAUCACGGGAUGUCAGUAAACAUGAGCAAAGAUACCAGUUAAACACAAAUCAGGGAGAGCGUGCGCAUGAAAAGGAGGACCCCUGUGGGGAGGGUAACAAAACUCAGGCUCCAGAGGAAAUGCUAAAUAGCAAAGAGCAGCCAGAAAGCAGAGUUAAAAAAAAUUUACCUCAAAAUUUGCUCAAUAUAUUUAAUCAGAUAGCUGAAUUUGAGAAAGAAAAAGGAAAUAAGCCAAAAAAAUGAUCUGCUAAGGAAAUUUUCAUUAAUUUUCAGAAGUUUUGGGAUUCUUUAGUCCUAACAAAUAGUUCUAAGUCUAAAGUUAUUUGUAACAAAUCACAAAAGGCUAUUUUGUUCUCGGUGUCAGCCCCUUUGUCAGUCAGUGUUGUGGGCAUGUGUGGUACAGCUUUUCACUGACACUUCAGACUUUGUCACCUAAAGACCUUUUCUGAGCACUCUGUUUCUUCACUGUAAUGUGGGUUGUGAGAAUCCUUCUUUGGGUCCAUCCUAAUUCACUGUUAGAGAAAAAUAUAUCUGCAUUGAACAUUUGGAUUGUUUUAUCAAAAAAUACUUUAUUCUGUUUUUUUGUUAAAAGCCCUUAUUCUUUGGGGGUGGGGUAGAAUAUAUGGUUGAAUGUUUCUUAGAUAUUAUUUUCAAUCAUUUGUUUGCAGUAUUAAAAUUUUUGUACCAUAUCAUUUUUAAGUGAUAAAUUAUGACUUAAUGUCUAAGGCUUGAUGCAGAUGGUUUGUGAACACUGUUUUCUUCCCAGCUUAACAAAAUACCUUAAGAAUAAGACCAUGAAAGUUGGUUAAUCAGAGCCUGUUUUAUUUCUCCAAUAUUAUUUUUACUUAAUGGUUAUAGUCAUAAGAAAAUCUUUAAUUUUAAACAUUGACCUAACUCUUUGAGAAUUCUAUAUCAAACUAGAUGAGACUAGAAAAUAACUUAGUAAAAAAUAGCAGCAGAGAAGCACCUUAUAAAUCUGGUUUUCUUCUACGGUAGGCAUGUUUCUGAGUAGCAGAGGGUGAUUUGCAGCUUUAGUUUUCUUCUUACCUGUCCCUUUCCUCCUUUAUUGAUGCCCCUCACUGAAUCCUAGUGAAAAACCCAGAGUAAAUCCCAGGCCUCUGAGCUAGCUCAGUAGGUAAAAGUACCAGCCACGCCUGAGAACCUGAGUCCAAUCCCAAGAGCCCAUGGUGUAGGGAGAGAACUAGCUCCCAAAGCUUGUCCUCUGACAGACAGAUACGCACACACACCACACACACACACACACACACAGUACCAUAUGUGGACAUCUAAGGAAGAAAUAUUCAGCUUUCAAAGAACCUCUCAGAAUCACUAGAAAUUGAAUAGUAGACUCUUGGCAGUAUUUGUAAGUAUCAUAGCUAUUGCAUUUAUGAUGCUCUUAAAUUAGGAUUCUAGAAAGUAUAAAUAGCAAUAUGCUUUUAAUCUCUUAUUGGUCAUUAGAUGGGAUCCAUCCUCAAACAUGCAUGAGGGAGUGGCAGAAAUAGAAGAGACGCAUUACAUGUUUGUUACUACCAGUAAAAUACUAAAGCUUUAAUACUGAUACAUGGUAUUUGUGUGUAAAUACCAAAUUAUAGUGAUGGAAAACUACUGUAAAAUGUAACAUUCAUUUUACAGUACUAUACAGAAAAGAAACCUUGAUUAAGAACAAUAAAUAAUGGCAGCAGAAAUUUCAUAAUCAUUUCACAUUUGUUUUUGUACCAAGGAACUCAUUAUCAUCAUCAUCAUCAUUAUCAUUUUGUGGACUGGGGCGAGGACAUAUGUGCCACAUAUGUGGACAUUGGAGGACAAUUUGAAGGAAUUUCUUCUACCUUACAGGUCACUUGGCUCAUUGGGCUUGACAGCAAGUACCUCUAUCGACUGAGCCAUUUUGCUAGCCCAGCACCAAGGAACCCUUAAGAGUAGUCUAUGUAUUAAUAGUGCCAGACUUAUUUCUACAUAGCUAGGGUUUGUUGUUAAAGGGUGAAAGCCAGCUCUCUGCACACACCUUGAUCUUUGAGAAUCCCUAGUACACCUUAUAAUCUUACUCAUAGCACGUUACUUAACCCUUAGGAUAGUUAGUGCCUUGUGGGGUAGGCUAUCAGCCUUUGAAAAUUACAUCUUUCCUAGGACAUACUAAGUUACGCAGACUGCAUUAAGCAUCCAGUUCCUUGGAAUAUUUGAGGAGUUUUCACAGGAAAAAAAAUUACUGGGGAUUUAAAUUAAUUCUCAGUUCUCUCUUCAGUUAUUUAUUUUACAUUACUAUGUCCAUAGUUUGCAUGUACCCUGAACAACUUUGUCUUAAUUUCCAUGAGUAGAACUGUGACUUCUGGGUGUUAAGAUACUCCAGUUCUGCAGUGUUCAUUCUUUGUCUUGCCAUUUAACAUUAUUACAUGCAGUUAGUAUAGUGGUUAAGUGUAAACUUGGAUGCUGGUCAUUCCAGAGAGGGUCUAGUCGUGAUUCCAUAGGUAGACGCCAACUACUUACUAUGCAGUUAACCCUGGUUCAAUGUCAGUGUGUUUUGCUUACAUGUUACUUUAAUAAACCUGUGAUAGUUAAUUAUCUCAAGAUUACGAAAAGGCUUAGAAAAGCAGUCUCCCUAGAAACAAAACUUCUGCCUUUGUAGAACACAAAGUUUAAAGUUCUAAGUAACUUACAAACUAAAACAUAACUGAGAAUCACAACAUUGAUAAACAAAGUGAUGAUAGGAUUAAUCAGUUUUAGAUCUUAAAUUUGUUGUGCAUUUAGGUAAUGUUUAAACCAAAAGUGCCCAGAGUUUUCUUAGCCAUUUUACUUCUUAGACUUAACUAUAUUUCUAAAUUUAGAAUGAUUAUUAGUAGAAACAGAUUUACUACCACUGCUGCUUUUUCAAAAGUAACUAAGUAGUGGUUCUAAGACAAUCACUGUUGUAAUGACAGAUUUCCCACGGUUUAAGGGGACGCUAAUUUAUAUACCUGAAUGGGAAUGGAUGUGAAAUCUAGCUUUAUAGUAUUAAUGAAAAGUCCAGUUCAAAGUGCUAGAAAUAAAGUAUUAUCUGGAAAAAACAAUUUUAAAUGUAGAAUGCAAUACCUAUCUCCAUUGUAAUUUUAAUAUGUUCAGUUCUUUCAAGGUCAGAGAAGAUACAUUCUUAGCAGCUUAAGUUGCACUUUACUUGUACGUAUAUAGAGAUAAAUGUAUAUGUACACACACAUACGCAUAUACAGUGUCUUUCUUACUAAACUUUUUCUUGAGGGAGUGGGAAUGAUGCUGUCUUUUGGUUACAGAUGAUAACCAGUACAAACAAACAAAAAAUGGCCUUUACCAAAUUCCUCCCUCAUGCCCACCCCGUCCCCCCAAAAAUCUGAAGAAUAUAAUUGUUGUUUACUUUUUGUUUUUUAUUUUAAAAAGUAAUUUUGUUAUGUAGAGUAAAUGAGAACUUCCUUAUUAAGAGAUAGAAUAAGUAUAUUUAGAAGUGUAUUAGCGAAAGAGUCUUAUAAAUGUGUUACUUCAUAAAACAUCUAACACUAUAGACAUGUUCCAGUAAAAAAAACUGCUUAUUUCCCUCUGCUUUGUCACAUGUGGCUUGGCUAAGGUUCUGUAGUCUUCCUUCUCUAUAAACAAAACAGUAGGAAAAAAACAAAAAAAACAAAAAAAAAAAAACCAGAAAACUACCUUCUUUUCUCAAGCAGCUUUUAUAGCCACUCUGCAGAACUUUUGUCUGCUCUGUGCUUCUGGUACUAUUUUAGUAAGCUUGCAUCAUUAAUAAAUGGAACCCCAGAAAAAGAGGGAGAUUUUCAUUUGUGUUCAAAAUUUAUACAAAAGAUGAAAAACAAAGCAUGUUUAUUUGUUGAGCUUUUUUUCUUUAGGAAUGUUGGAAUUACUGCCACUACUAGCUGACCUAGAACUAUCACUUGCCGGAGAAGGCUCUGGGAAUCUGAGCUGGAUCACUUUAGCUGCGGGUAGAGAGGGGGGGUUUAAGUCCUCGAGCGACCUGGAACAAGAAAGGAGUUUCUAUAAAUUUAAUGCAAAAUGUACUUCAAAAAGACUUUUCUAUUGGUAAAAAGAAAUAUUUUUUUAAUUCCAUAAGUAAUUAAAGAACUAGGAAAACUAUUAGUGUAAAUAAAAUUUAAAAAUAUGACCAGUUCUUUCAAAAAAAGAAAUGAGCAUAGUUUUAAGUAAAUUGUUAAUUGUUUCUGUGAGAAAAAUAUUUUCAAGUGUAAUCAGUUUCAUAGAAUUAGAAGCAAUAGUUUGUAAAGUAGAAACAAAAGAAGUAGGCGCUUGAAAAAGUGAUCAAAAUGAUAGUCUAAAGUCAUUUAUGCUGAAAAGGAAGGGAUUUCAGGGAAGAUGGUGAGAUUGUUUGGAAAAUAGCCAUUCAUUUCUGAAAUGAUAUGUUUUAUUAAAAGUACUGAAAAUUUUAUUACAUAAUAAACAUUGAAUAGUUUGAUAUAUUUAUGUAGAAAAAAGGUUUGUAAGCUUGAAACACUGUCUUUGGGGAAUCUUCCUUUUUUUAACCGUGAAACAGUUACACAGACUAAUAAAAACUAGUACAUAACUUUCAACUUUAGAAGAUUAGAAAAUCUUAAAAUCAGGUUUAUUACUAAUAAACCUGUCAACAGAGAGACAUAAUAUCCAUGACUUACUCCUCCUGGUAGAUUUUGGUUUGCAUUAAGCUAAGUAAGAUAUUGUAAAUAAACAUCUAUAAUUAG